AUGGUCAGGCAAUGGGCAAAAUCUUGUUGGAAGCUUAAAGGAUGCUUGGAAGUUUCAGCUAUGCCGGGAGGACUCUUUCUAUUCAAGUUCAACACCGAUGAGGAUCUGAUGUAUGUUCUGUUAGGGUCUUGGGCUUAUGGAAAGCACUUCCUUACCAUGGAUAAAUGGAAGCCUAGUUUUGACCCCUCCACAGAACUAAACCGCAUGGCUCCAGUCUGGGUUAGGCUCCUUGGACUCCCUUUGGAAUUCUGGGAUGAACAAAUCUUCCGCUGGAUUGGUAACUCAUUUGGUAGCUUUGUUGCAGCGGACUUGAUCACUCUCAACAAAUCCAGGUUGGUGUAUGCUUGUUUUUGUGUUAAUGUCACUCUUAACAAGGCUCUCCCAAACUUUAUCUCCCUAAAAUCAAAAUAUGGAAAAUGGACCCAAGCUAUUGUGUACGAAAAUGCCACCUUGUAUUGCCAAAAAUGCAAUAAACAGGGGCACUCAUAUACUGAUUGUAAAGCCCCCAUAGCUGCGGAACCCAAGAUAAAAAAUAAAGCCAUCUGGGCCGAACCCAUCAACCUUGGUGACCCGUCAUCCUCGACUCCCUUUGAGCUGACUACUGUGAAUGAAAUUUCUAAAGAUUACCCACACAAAGACAAGAUUCUUGAGAUCUUAAAAUCCCCAGUAGACCCAAUCAAAAACUCAAACAUUCCGCUCGAAGAGGGAGAGAUCUUGGAGGUGAUAGCCCUCAACAUGGCUUCGACCAAGCUUCUUUUGAUCGAAAAUAGCUUACCCACCUCUCCAACCCCUCCCUCCCCUAUUACAGGGGAUAGAGAUGUGCACCCUGGAAACUCCUUGGUAACUCUGCUGAAAGUGUCCCCCCCGGUCUCCCCCCGAAUGGACAAUGAAGAAUGGAUAACCCAGAAGAAGAAAGUCAAGGCCAAGAAAGAAGAUGUGGGGGGUAAUGAAAACAAAGUUGGCAGACCCUCAGAAAGAGUCCUAAGGCACAAGGUUAUGGCAAGGGAUAUUGCAAAGGGCAAACAACUGACCCUGGAUGGACUUAGCAAAAGAAAGAAAUGA